AUGUUUAAGUCGUAUCUACAUGCAUAUACUAACGAGAUGCCGGAAGCGAUACGCCAUCAUGUGGAUCAAGUGACAAACUGUGAAGAUAUAGCGAUGAAUUUCCUCGUCUCACACCUCACUCGAGAACCGCCAAUAAAAACCACCAGUAAAUGGACAAUCAGGUGUCCAACGUGCACGGAAACGCUGUCACAAGACGAAUCGCAUUUUCACGAACGACACGAAUGUAUACGACUUUUCACUAAAAUCUAUGGAUACAAUCCUUUGAAGUUUUCCCAAUUUCGUGCCGAUUCGGUUCUAUUCAAGACCCGUCUGCCACCGGACAAGCAGAAAUGCUUCCGAUUCGUUUGA